CUGCUUCAAACCUUGCGAGUCGACCACAACACUCUCCCCUCACACAACCGUCACAAUGGCCGCCACCCGUGUCUUCGCCUCCCGUCUGGCCACCCAGAUGGCCACCAAGGCUGCUCGCCCUGCCAUCCGAGCCCCCGUCGCUGCCGCCUCCAAGCGCACCAUCUCUGGCUCUGCCAGCCCUCUCCAGACCCUCAAGCGCCAGCAGGCCGCCACCCUGCUCCAGGCCACCACCCGGAAUGCCUUCCAGGUCCAGCGCCGCGCCUACUCUUCCGAGAUCGCCCAGGCCAUGGUCGAGGUCUCCAAGAACAUCGGCAUGGGCUCUGCUGCCAUCGGCCUGACGGGUGCCGGUAUCGGUAUCGGUCUCGUCUUCGCCGCCCUGCUGCACGCCGUCGCCCGCAACCCUGCCCUCCGCGGCCAGCUCUUCUCGUACGCCAUUCUGGGCUUUGCCUUCGUCGAGGCCAUUGGUCUCUUCGACCUCAUGGUUGCCCUCAUGGCCAAGUUUACCUAAAUUGUUGUUUUCUUCUCCAUUCAUCACUGGGGCAAGGCCUUGCCGCGUGACGGGGCUGUACUAUCGAGGGGAAUGCUGGGCGGGUGCCUCGCGCGGCGUCUUGGCGGCUUGCCACCGAGGACUCACCUGCCGGCACGCGUGGGACGGAGGGGGACUGCAUCAUAGACGGCAUAGAAACGGGAGCGGCGUCCAAAAGUGACGUCGCGGAGACGAUCUGGGCGAGCUCGGGCGUCGUCCUCAAAAACGACUUGUAAAAUAAAAAGCCUCAUUCAUCUCGAUCCUCGGACCAUGAAGAGACUUUUUCUCCUUUGUACCCAAUACAUCAAUCACAAUGCCAGCUUGACGUGG